GUGGGCGUGGCUAGGCCACACUUGGGCAGCGUGGAAAGCACAUAUGAGAGAGAGGCCAGGGUCGCAGCAAGACCCAGGGUCCUGCCUAUAGCCCAGCGGGAGCUGUCGGUAGCCCUGCACUAUCUCUUGAGGCGCAGACGCUGAUCCAGUUUCCCACGCGAUCCCCGGCUCCCAGCGCGGGCCCCGCACACAGGAAGGAGUACAAGGCGGCCUGCGCCAUGGCCGCGGGCGCCCUGCCGCCAUGCAGCACGUGGCUGCGGGAUUUCCUCAGGGCGUCACACUUCUCCCUAGGGCCCGACCUGCGGCUGCACCGCGGCGACCUGCACUCCAGGUCGCACUACGACUUCCCGGCCUACCCGCACGCCUCCCGGGCACAGCCCAGCCCGCCGUCACCACCCUCGCCACUGCUCCACGUGGACACGCGCUGGGCGGGCGAGGUCCACGUGCCGGAGACGCGCCGCGCAUUCCCGCCACCGAGCACGCCUUCCGCGCAAAUGGUGCAGGAGCAGGCUCGGGAGCGUGCGCUCGCCCUGGGCGCCAGCCACGUGCGCGCUCCCGAGGGCGCGCGAGCCCGCACGGGCAUCUCCACCGCGCGCGCCACCUACGGCUGGCCCGAGCCGCCCGCUAGCGCGCACGAGCAGAUCCGCGGCGCGCGUCUCCUCUUCGACCGCGACUCAGUGCCGCCGGGAGACCCCGAGAAGCUGCGUUUCCCGCUCACCACGUACCGGGCGCUGUUUCCCCCCUACGACCCGUGCCUGCAGCCCCGCAUGCCCUGCUACCACCUGGGGGGCCCAAACACCCUCAAGUGGGACUACUGGAACCGAGACAAAACCACCUACCAGAGACUGUUCCAGGCCCUGCCGGGUCCCCCCGCCCUGAUGUGUAAAAGGGCCUCCUCCAGCGUGCAACUGGGAGACAGCAAAAUCGGCUACGGACCCCUGUGUUCUGAGCAGAAAGAGUUCUACAGGCCCCAAGACCUACCCCCCGACAGGUAUGACAAGGCCCAGGCGGUGGCCCACAACCAGAACGUGAGCAUUCGUCCCGGAGACAGCCGCUUCCUCCGCAGGACCACCAAGGCCGAGCACUUCCGAGCCCCGGAGCCAGAGCCUGUCGUGCUUCACCGAGAUACGACUCCCGAGUCGCACAUCCUGGAAGGGACCUGGCACCCUGGUCCCGGCAGCCUGGAAACCUCCACGCAGCGCUUCUAUGGCCAGCCGCCGCCCCCGACCCAGCCGCCCAGCCGCCACCUGAGCCAUGACAGGUUGCAGGAUCACGUGAUCCUGGGAGACGCGAAGCUACUUGGCCACUUCUUCCAGACCACCAUGGGCUCGGACUACUUGCCCUCAGAUAAGGGGCGGCCAGAGAGAGCACCCAACCUCCACUUGAUGAAGAGCAAAAUAUGGGAGAAGAUCCCUGAACCGGACUUUUUAACCACGAACCAGAAGAUGAUUAAGGCACACAGAGCAGCCCCAGCCUCCACCACGGAAGACAUGCUGCAGCGGAACAAGUACAGCCACGUGGAGCCGCCGCUGGGUGGACAGCGCUUUUUCUCAACUCAGUACACAGAUGAGUUUCCCUUCAAGUACCAGGGCCCAACGGUGCUGAGACAGAGCAAGAUACAAGAGAGCCAUGUGCCCUUGGGCACGCCUCGCCGCUCGGGCUGCCUGGGUGAGAAGGUGGACCCUCGAGCCCCCCAGUCCCAAAUGUACCCAUGCCCCAGCCAGCAGUAAACGCCAGCUCAGCAGCCUCCCGCUCCUCCCUGUUAGUGAGGCACCAGACGGGAGGGGCUGGAGGAGGGCCUGCAAGGGCGAGAAUGAUGCCCCUGGGGAAGCCCUGCAUGCCUGCACGGGUUGCUCGGUGCACUGAGACCCGUGUCACGGGGAAGAAUGGAGGCUCCUGGCGCUUGAUGGACACGUUCCACACCCUGCACCGUGGUCCCAGGCAAGGCGUUGGGUCUCAGUUGACUCCUCUGGGAAAUGGAGCUAAGUGGUAACUCUUGGAUUCGAUUGUCAUCUAUGAGAAAGGUAUGGGUGCCUCUCACUGUGUGUGGUGUGUGUUUGUGUGUGUGUGUGUGUGUGUGUGUAUGGCUGGAUCUGGAGGGAGAGCUUCCCUUCUGAUGACGAAGGUGAGGCAGGCAGAGGAAGGAGCUCUUGGUCUAGGAGAGACCAGGUAGGGCUGAAGACGGCAUCGCUGAGAAGGACCCAUCGUUUUCCUCCCCCGUGGGCAGACUCAGGGAGCUGAGUGGUGCAUCGACUGCUCACCAAGGUCAGAGCACCAGGCCCAGGAGCAAAUCCACAAGACCCACCAGGGCAUGAGCAGGUCCAAUAAAAGGGGUAGGUGUUCAGGCAGCGAAAAAGCAAACAGGGUUGAUAGGUGGAGGGCGGAGCAGGGCCCUGGAGCCCCUGGGUCACGGGGCUCCAUGAGAACCAGGACCUUGGACAGCGUCCAGUGUUUAAGGUGUGGGAUCAUGUUGGGGGGGGGGGGGGGAUAGGCUGGGCCUCGGUGGCCACACCUAGAGUGUGCCUCCCUGUAGACUGCUGAGCAUCCAGUUACAGUGAGUGAACUCGACUCUCUAGAACCUACAGUCACACCUCCAAAGACCAAAGCCCCCAGUCCCACGUCAGUUCUUCAAGGCCAGGUCAUGAUUGCCACAGAAGGGGCAGCUCUGGGGACAAGCUGAGCCCGUGGUUGCUCUCAUGAUGUCAGCUUCUGGCCACAGAACUCCUCUUCUUGCUUCCCCUAAAGAUAUUUAGAUGGCUUAGGUAUCUGGGCCCCUGCCACCCACAUGGGAGACCCAGAUGGAGCAUGGGAGACCCGGAUGGAGCUCCCAGCUUCUGGCUUCAGCCUGGCCCAGCCCUGGCUGUUGUGGGCAUUUGGGUAGUGAACCAGCAGAUGGAAUGUCUCCCUCUUUGUCUUUUUUUUUUUUUUACAGGCAGA